CAACGGCGCAAGAGGAAGCUCAGAGUGUCGACAGCCUGGAUUCGAGUCGACGCGAGAAAGCUCGUGGUGGAAAUGUAUCCGGACGACCCGCGUGCGAAGAACUUCUCAGCGUCGGACCGGUGGUGCAGGAAGUUCGCGAAGCGCCACCAUCUCUCGAAACGAAGGCGCACAAACAUGAAGAACAAGUCGGUGGAGGACCAUCUUCCGCAGAUGAAGAGGUUCCACAGGAGGCUGCGCCAGCUGCUGCAGGAACCACCCGUUCGCCGGGCCGCUGCAGGGGGCGCCGCCGAGAUCAACGGCGCUGCGAUCGUUCCUGUGGAACCGCCCCUCUACGGGCGCUUCAGCCUGAAUGCGCGUUUCAACGUCGACCAGGUUGGGCUCGCAUUCGUCCACGGCCUCGACUCGAUAUGGGACGAGACGGGAGCUUUGCGAGUGCAAAGUGGGCAGCCGUUCCCUGGUCUUGAGAAGCGACAGUGCACCGUCAACUGUUGCAUCGGAGCUGGCGGCAAGUUGAUGCGGACCGCGGUCAUUUUCCGCGGCAAAGGCAAAGUCUCGGCGGUGGAGAAGGCGGCGUACGACCCCGGCGUGGACCAUCAAGGGGGAUAA